UGUUGAGUUGCAAGGUGAUGGCAUCGACAAGGCGGCAAAAGCUGGGCAGUGUUUGCCCGCCACUGGCACACAGGGCGGACGACCAGGCCUUUGAUUUAUCAGAGAUUGUGCCCUUGAAUGGCGCCGAACAUGAGGAUGUCUCAGAUGGCUCGGUAUCUGGAGAAGUGUCUAAUACUCAUGGGCCUCUUUCUCGCGCCGAACCAGGCGUUGACAGCACCGACGACGUCGCGCCAUUAUGGACAACCAGCACGUUGACCGUCGCCUACGCAGCUAUUUGGCUGGUCUAUCUCGUGGAGAGCAUGUUGAUGGGUACAAUGGCCAGCCUGGCUCCCUUCAUUACGUCUGACUUCUCCUCACACUCAUUGACACCGACGGUCGGCAUCUUGAGCAGCAUCAUCGGGGGUGUCGCCAAUCUGACCCUGGCCAAAGUCCUCGAUAUCUUUGGUCGACCGAUGGGCUUUGUCUAUUGCAUCAUUCUUGCUAUUCUAGGACUUCUUCUCAUGACAGUCUGCAAUGGCAUUGAGGUCUAUGCCGUCGCGCAGGUCUUCCAAAGCAUCGGCAACAACGGAAUUCUCUACAGCCUGGCUGUCUUUGUUGCGGAUACUUCGUCCUUGCAAAACCGAGGUCUCAUCCAGGCCGUUGUGAGCUCCCCCAAUCUCGUCGCAUGCUUGGCAGCCGGACCUCUUGCAUCGUGGUUCUUGGGCGGUCCCGGAUGGCGCUCGGCUUUUGGCAUGUUCGCAGUUCUGGUUCUCAUCGUCACGUCGCCGCUAUUUGGUCUUAUUUUGGUUAAGACAAGACAAGCUGAGAGGUCAGGGCUUGCGUCCAAGCCGGAACGGGACUCGGAUAAGACUCGACUCGGUGUUCUUACUUACUACUGCCAACGGUUCGACAUGAUUGGCCUCGGCCUCCUCUCCUCUGGCGUGGCACUGAUCCUGUUGCCUUUCAACCUGUAUGCGCAAGCGGACUGGAAUCACUCAGUGCUCGCCAUCAUGCUGGUUAUAGGAGUUGUUUUGAUUAUUGGGCUUGUCUUCUGGGAGCGAAACUAUGCGACCCUGACUUUCAUGCCGUACACGGUUCUUCUGGAUCGUACGGUCAUUGGGGCUUGCAUCUUGUCCGCGACCUUGUUCUUCAGCUUUUGGUGCUGGAAUAGCUUCUUCAGCUCAUACCUGCAGGUUGUGAACGGACUCAGUGUGGCUCAGUCCAGCUACGUUGUUCAAACAUACACCGUCUGCUCAGUUCUGUGUGGCAUCGCUGUGGGUGCUCUGAUCCGCCAGACAGGCCGCUUCAAGCCCGUAUGUCUGUAUGUUGGCAUGCCGCUCAGUAUCAUUGGAACUGGCUGCAUGUCACUUCUGAGCAGUCUACAAGCUGGUUCUGCACCCAUUGUGGUCUGUCAGAUUGCACUCUCCGUCGCGGCUGGCGUCAUUAUGGUCUGUGAUGAGAUCGCCAUGUUAGCCGCAGCGCCGCAACAGCACACUGCUGUCUGCUUGGCUGUUCUGGGGCUUUUUGGUAACAUUGGAGCUGCGGUCGGGCUGACAGUGGCCUCCGCAAUUUGGCAAAGUGUCUUUCCUGCAACACUAAGGGAGUCUCUGCCGUCUGAGGCGCUUCCUGAUCUGGAGAAGAUAUACGCCAAUCUUUCAACCCAGCUCUCUUAUCCGAUGGGCUCAGAGGUCCGGAUUGGGAUUCAAAAUGCCUACGCCGUUUCGCAGAUGAGGAUGCUUUUGGUCGGCUCUGUAGCUUGGAUAGUCGGCUCUGUUGGUGUCCUGAUGUGGCGGAACAUCAACGUGAUCGAGGUGAAGCAAAAGAAAGCUGGGUAUCGUUAGGGUAUGUUUAGACCUGGUUCUGCAGCGCG